GCCGUCGCUGCGGCCGAACACAGCUCUUCGAGACCACGGGAGGUCGCGAGGCGACGCGCGCCGUCCCGACGUCUCUGACGGAGCCGAUAACGCCGGAUCGCGAUAGCCCAGUGCCCCAGACUUCUCGCAGGGACGGCUCAAAAUGUGAUCCAACGUACGACGUGCCACAACAGUGUUUGCUCCAGCAUCGUCGAACAUGAACUCUGUCAUCAUGUUACCUCGAAAGACUUGAUCGAAUAGUUGAUUGAUUGCUGGAAUAGUUAGGCAAGAGGUAACUAGAAUAGUUGGGCGGUACGGGGUUCCUCGAGAACCUGAAGAGGUUCGUGAAGGAUUUUGAGGUUCGAAGAGGAUCAAAGAGGAAGGGUCAAAGAGGAGUCCCCGUGAAAACGGGGCUCCCUCGUGGAAGCCCCAGCUGGCCCGUGGAUGCCUCCGGCACUGCACGUCGGUGGUGACGAAGGGGCUGAUGUCAGUGCGGCCACUCGACGCCCGUUCCGUGGCUGGGAUGCGCGAACGCGACACCCGCAUCGUCCUCUAACCGCGAGUGAAGCUCCCGGCCGAGGCAGAGGCGGCGGUAGCAACGGCCGAUGACGGUGAUGGUCAGCCGCGAAACAGUGGUGAUUGCUGACUGGUGCACGAUCAAACGCAAUCUCUGUGUCGCGUACGGUGCUGUGCCGGUCGUUCGGUCGGUCCUGGGGGCGCAGCUUCGGGAAUAAUGCGUGUUAGCCACGUUACGCGGCGACAGGACGACGCGAGGGACCCGAGCAGCCAGCCGCGGCUGCACCUGCAGCUACGCAAUUAUGUACGCGUACGGUUUCGAGAUCACGUAGUGGCUGCCGUGUAAUAUCAUCGCCGUGCGGCGCGCCCUGUCAAGCUUCAAGAACGGGGAACAUGGCGGCGUCGGUCUCGGACGAGGUACUCAGCAACCAUGGGCACACCUUCAGCAAGAAGAUGUUCCACAAGCCGACGUACUGCCAUAGCUGCACUGACAUGCUCUGGGGACUCAUACAGCUGGGGAACAUCUGCGAAGUUUGUAACUACGUGGUGCACGACCGGUGUCUCAAAUCCGUCGUCUCUCCCUGCUCUAGCAUCGCGGCAAGCCUCAUUAAGAACCCGGUUGCACACUGUUGGUCCGAACCGGUAACUCGUAGAAGAAAAUUCUGCAACGUCUGUCGUAAACGGCUCGAUGAUAAUCCAUCCGUACAUUGUGAAAUAUGCAUGUACUUCGUGCACACGGAUUGCCAGAACUUUGCCUUGGCGGAUUGCAAGGAGAACGCCACGUAUUUACCUGGAAAGGACUUGGCGCAGGUAAAACACACUCAUCACUGGCGAGAAGGCAAUCUUCCCAGCAGUUCGAAAUGCGCUGUCUGCAAGAAAAACUGUUUCACUGCCGAGUGCCUUUCCGGGUUUCGUUGCGAGUGGUGCGGCAUGACGUUGCACUCUUACUGUUACAAAAAUAUCCCGCAAGUAUGCACGUUUGGGAUUUUGAAGCCGAUCUACUUACCACCGCACGCAGUCAGUAUUCCACGAACAGAGGUUCCCAUGGAGGCCAUAAUCGGUGUACAAGUACGUCGAAAAGAAGUUCUGGCGCAUAACACCGGAGAGCAAUUCGAUUUCGCUGAGAGUGAACAAAUUGGGGCUGCAGGCCGCCUAGCCGAAGCUUUGAGGCGCCUUUCACUAGUUUUGCCACGUAGCUGCCAUGGAAAUUGUCAUGCUUCCCCUCCUUAUGUUCGAGCACGAAGCAUAUCGGAAGAGUUCAGCAGCGCGGACGCGAAGUAUCGCGAUAAUGGCGAAUCGGGAUCGGGUGCCAACUAUUGUCGCGAUCCCCGUUCUCGAAAGGAGAAAGAAGAUAAAGAAAGAGGUGACGAAGAGAUGAUCAAGGUGUACGACGGCAACAACUCCCACAGACGGCAAAUAUUUCGCGUAAUCUCGGUGCCACGGCAAGCCACCACGGAACAGGUCCUCACCUCAGCGCUUCGUGCAUUUCACAUCACGAGAGAUCCUAGCAACUUUUACCUCACCGAGCUGUGUGCUACGGAGGAGACAGAAUUAUGCGAUCCAACUCCAGUUCUAAACUUGAAUUGCAAAGAGGGCAAAUGUCCGGCUGUCUUCUUACGAUUCAAGGAUAGCGAAAGCGGAGAAGUACGAGUCUAUCCAGGCAAAUUGCAGGUGCUUGAAUCAUUCUGUAGAGUACCUGUCACAGAGACGACGACCGUCGCAGAUUUAAUCGAAGAAGCGCUUCAGAAAUUCGGUUUACAAGAUUUCAAUUCGGAGGACUACAGAUGCAGCGAGAUCCUUUUGGAUCGCGGUGUUACUGAAAGAGUGUUAGAACGCGACGAGAAGCCAUGGGAAAUCGUGAAACAACUCGGCAAAGAUUCUAUCAGGCAAAUGGAAUUGAUGCGAUUCUACCUGCAGUUGAAACAAGAUCCCCAUGGACCUAACCUAGCUUUAUUCGUGGGUAACCUUCCACCUAACCUCUCCGAAAGAAGUUACGAAAACAUGUUGACCGAAUUCUUAGGCAAAGAAAACAAAUUUUCCUCCAUUGGUCCGAUAUAUUACGAAUAUGGCUCGAUGGUGAUCAUUUACGAAGAUUCGAACAAAGCAGUCAGCGCGUUGUACACGUUGAGAGAAUCAAAAUACGAGGACAAACACCUUUUAGUUAUGCUGUUACCGAGCAUCGAACCGCGUAUGGUGCCAUUCGACGUGGAGCCAUUGCUCGUCUUCGUGAACGUGAAAUCUGGUGGUUGCCAGGGUUUACAGUUGAUUUCCAGCUUUCGUAAACUGUUGAAUCCAUAUCAGGUGUUUGAUCUCGAUAACGGAGGUCCACUCCCUGGGCUGUACGUGUUCCGUCACAUCAAAGACUACAAAAUCCUUGUUUGCGGUGGAGAUGGAACAGUAGGAUGGGUAUUGCAAUGUUUGGACAACGUGGGGCAGGACAGUGAAUGUUGCUCUCCCGCUUGUGCCAUUGUGCCCUUGGGAACAGGAAAUGAUUUAGCACGUGUACUCUGCUGGGGUCCUGGUUACACAGGCGACGAGGACCCUUUGAAUUUACUCCGGGACGUAAUUGAUGCAGAGAAAUCUUUGUUGGACAGAUGGACGGUAGUUUUCCAUCCGGAGGAGAAGGAGGACAAACCGAUGCCCACCAAUGCGGGAGGAGGGAGUGCUACCAGCGAGGACAAUACGCAAAUAUUCGUAAUGAACAAUUAUUUCGGAAUCGGUGUGGACGCCGAUUUAUGUUUGGCUUUCCACAAUGCCAGAGAGGAAAAUCCAAAUAAAUUUAAAAGCAGAUUACGCAAUAAAAGUGUGUACGUAACGAUGGGUAUACGGAAAAUGGUGAAGCGGACAUCGUGCAAAGAUCUGCACAAAGAAAUUCGAUUGGAAGUCGAUGGAAAACUCAUUGAAUUACCCCCAGUUGAGGGAAUAAUUAUUCUGAAUAUUUUGAGCUGGGGUUCUGGGGCAAAUCCUUGGGGACCAGACACCAACGAGGAUCAGUUUCAUGCACCAAAUCAUGGCGAUGGAAUUUUGGAAGUGGUUGGUGUCACGGGUGUGUUGCAUCUCGGACAAAUUCAGUCUGGUCUUCGUACAGCGAUGAGGAUAGCCCAGGGAGGUCAUAUAAAAAUCCAUUUGCACUCUGAUAUACCAGUACAAGUAGACGGAGAACCGUGGGUCCAGAGUCCAGGAGAUAUCGUAGUAUUAAAGUCAGCAUUGAAGGCCACGAUGCUGAAGAAGACCAAGGGUAAAAUGAAACGGCGUAACACCAGCAUGCGGCUGGCACUUCAGACCGUGCCCUCAAAUUACCCGGAACCUGAAGUCUUCUGAGUGACCGAAAAUUGUUCCCCGUGCAAGCGGAACGAGGAUGUCACGUCACGAAUACCGCGUUAUUGCACGCGAAAAGCGAUACAUCUAGCACAACACGCAACAAACGAAAUCGGCCUCGAAAUUUGUCUGUCUGACCGCGGUCACACUCUGUACGAACAUAUAAACUUAAAGCACAACAAGAAAUAUAAUGAAAAUGAUACACUACAAAUAACCAUACACCCGUCUGAUCACACGAAAUACGCAAGGGAGGUCCUCCAGGAAAGCCAGGAUAAAGACACCCCCGCGACAACAAAAGAAAACCCGGACGAUGAGAAGAAGAGAACCAGAAGGGAGAAAGAAGAUUAAGAAGAUGAAAAGAGACGCUAGUCUACGGACACUUCAUUAUGAACUCAAUUAAUCUUUACUGUCCCCUUCCGAGUUGCUAGGAGAACUAGAUCUCAUUUUUAAAUGUUAAUGAUCAUUAUAUAGCAUUGUACGUAGCUUCGAUCGAUAUUUUUUUAGUAAAAAGAGAAAAAGAAAGGAGAUGACAAAAAGAGAGCGCGCGAACGAGUGUAUGCGUGUGUGUACGUUUGUGUGCGCGUGUGUGUGUGUGUAUGCGAAAGAGAUGAAAGAGAGUAUGAGAGAAAGACUAUACGAUAAGUUAAUGAACCGUGAGAUAACGUUUUACCAAGGAAAGCAGUAUUGAAUGAAAUUUCUCCCAGUUUAUUCGCUUGACAGCCAUACCUACGCGUUUACGUUGGUAUAGUUCAUUAUUUAGUCCCGGACAAGCGACGAUGGUGAACCGUAAUUGUACAUGACCCUUUCGUAUCGGUAUUGUACUAAUUCACUGGUAAAUAUCAUGAUACGAAUCCCCGCAAUCACGAACUAUCGAGUACAUAAAGAUCAGUUGUUAAUUAAUAUAUAUGUAUAUAUAAAUAUAUAUAUACAUAAAAUAUUUAUGAUUAAAUAUUAAUAUAUUUACAAACAAACAAAAAAAGAGUAAUGUAUUAGUAUUACGGUCUUAAGUUGUGAUAACUGUUGUGCGUCUGACUGCUGGGCAGUCUGGAAUUUAUAAGAGAAAACAAAUACCAGUGGCAGUCAGUCAUUUCAUAGGAUACGAGAAACUAAACGAACUAGAAGAAAUAAAAACCAAAAAAAAAGAGAAGAGGAGGACGAGUAAAACGUAACGCGAUUUGUCAGCUCGUCUCGAAACCUGGAUGAACCACCGCCACGAACGAAGGAACAAAGUCGCAAAACGACUUGGCAACGUUCUCCAACGCGGCUCUGGCGAACCUCUUCAUAUUUCGCCGAAGCCAACAGAACAGUUGACAACACAUUCCACUGGAACGUGGUCGAGAGCAAGAUGGACGCCUGUACAUUUCUAAACAAUGCCAAAGGAACUUCUAACGUGCUAACACUUUCACGCUGUUUGGACACCUGGUGACCAGUCUUCUCGUUUGGCGACGAAAAGACGUAACCCGCGGUUAUCGGAGGAAAGAGAAAAAGAGAGGAGGACGUUCGAUCUUCAGGAAACAAACAGAACGAGAAAUAAACAGACGUCGGCGGUGAAACGUCGUGGAUCGUGUUCAUAUUGGACCCUUCGUUGGCAUCGUUCGAUGUAGAGACAAUUUCGGUGCCAAACAGUUGUACAUAAUACUGUAAAUGUAGGCGUAAACCAAACACACAGAAUACAUUACACACACAGAUCUACACACGUACACACACGAAAGAGAAUCGAUUUAUUCGAGGCAACAGAGAAGGCAACCAGCUGCUGGUUUCGUUACAUGCCGGACAUUGAGGGAAAAAAGAUGGUCUUUUUGACUGAAGAAACACGAAUUUGAUCAUGAGAAAACGUGUCGCGUUGCGUUUCGAUCGAUCAUGCCCACGGCCAUAUAUAUAGAUUUAUAAACUACCUACUUGGGGAUCCCUUAACAAAGCUACUGUUAGACUAAAAUCUGGUCUAACAAGGACUACAAUAUGUAGUCUAGCGAAGACUAUAAUAUGUAGUCUAUCAGACACUAUGUGGUCUGUCAAGAAUUAACAUACAGUCUAUCAAAGACUACAAUAUGUAGUCCAUCAGAGACUAAUAUGUAGUCCGUCAGAGACUAUAGAAUUUGUAGUCACUGACGAAGCAUAAAAGUUUCAUGAAUCUUCCACUGACCAUGGCGCUACUAUCGUUUUGCCAAGCCAACAACGUAGAUAUGUAUUAUUCUGAACCAAAGCGAUCGUAGUGUCCCCGCUUCGUGGUAGAUUUUGCAAGCGUAAUUGGCCGUAUUAAGGGUUCAUCCCCAACAUAGUAGUUUGUAGAUCCGUCUAUACGACCGUGAUCAUGCUUUUCGCGCGCGAACUAACACGGAAGCGUGUUCCAAGAGGAAGUAACAUUUGCGCGCGAAGUCUUUACGUUUGCUUUGCAACUGAAACGCUUGUAGAUACACGCUACCCCUGCAUCCUCUUUUAGAUAUUUGGUAGAUUUAUCCCUUAAGAAUUCUCUGAUAACGAGAUCGGGGGAAAUUUCCGAACCGGGAGACCGCCAUUUCCGGAUGAUUGAUGGUCUCUCUUCUUGAAGAAGGUCACAACCUGCCAAUGGUGCUGCAUGGGCUCAGUCGUUCGUGCUCGACAUCCGGUUUUAGAGCGUGGACGUCGCAUCGGCGGCAGAUUGAAAUCGCGAGUUCGUUUUUUGACGUUUUAGUAAAAUUAUCUUAGCGUUUUCGCUGUUGCUGAGAAGCACGCUAUGAAUGAUCGUGCAAUCGAGAGUACAAAGAAUAAUAUCGUUCGCUGUCCUCUCGACGCUACAGAAUGUUUCAUAAUAUGUGGACAUUGUUUUAGAGACAAAUAACGGACGUGAAAAACAAUGAAAAACAUUCUAAAUUCAAUUGGAAAAAUUGGAAAAUCUCUGAAUUAAAAAUAACGGAGAUAAAUAAAUACAUUGACGUAUAUAACUUUUAUAGCUUAAUGAAGUUAUAUUAUAUUAUAAGUUAUAUUAUUAUAACUAAGUAUUAUUAUUAUAUUAUUAUUGAUCUCUUAUUUUAUACUGUUCAGAUAGAAACUUUUAAAUAUCACUUAGUACCUGCAAUUUGCGACUUGUUAUUGCGUGUAAUAUAAAUUUAUUUGUUCAAUUUUUAUUGCUUUAUAAGAGACUAUUUCCUUAAUUAUCGGCUUAAUUGAUAAUAUACCGAAGCUUAACCGCUUUUCUUAAAACAAACUAACGUGUCGCAAACAUUUGAAACAUUCUCUUAUCUGACAGAUAGCUAUUCGAGUUUCCUUGUUUGCAUGUAACUUAACAAAUUAUCAAGUGCUCAUACGAAGAUAGUGAAUUAUCUUCUCGUAGUCUUGAACUGUGCACGAAAGGGUUAAUGAAAAUCAGUUAUAACAGUUGAUCAUUAGAAAGUAAUCGCUGAAAUGCAAAAUUGUUAGAAACUCGAUUUUACGUGAGCUACUUUAAAUCUAACAGUCUUAAAUAAAGAUCAAUGUAUUACUAAAAUUUUAACUAAACUGAUCGUAACAAAAUUAAUCGAUAUCGACAGUGUCAAUACAAUUACCAAUUAUAAUUUAAUUAAUGCUAAAACUUGUUAGCAUUAUCGGUUAUUUGAAUUUACAAUAAGUAAUUACCUAAUAACACAAAAGCAAAAUUAUGCGAAUUACGUAAAAAUGAUGUAACCUGUACUUGCUUCAUUGUUUCAUGUUCAUUUAUCGUAAAACAAAGUCACGCAACCACAUUUUGUGGAACACCCUGUAGGACCACGGAUAAAAAUGGAUGCAAUUAAUUUAUCGUUAUCAGCGAACUCGGCGAACACCUUCUCCUAAUUUAUAUUGUAUUCGUAGAUAGACUUCCUGCGAACGCGGUUCCGUAUUAUUUUCUGUCGAUCAGAAUGAUAGAGUAUCGUAAAAAUCGUACGGGAUCGGAUGUGACACGUUUUAGGGAUGAUUUUCCUUCGCUAUACGUUUUGUUUUCGUACUGUAGAACGAUGUACUGUGCGAAGAACAAAUUCGUUGUUAAUUAAUAUCGAUGUAUCACGCGUACAGUGGUACAACGUCAUGCGAACGAAUUGUUGCCGAAUCAUGCGAGUUUUACGUUUCACCCUAAUUGUGGAUAGUUUCGACGUGCGCAACAAACGUUAUUGUAUCCGCGAAGGGCGAGGUUUUUGUUUCAAUCAUGUCUUGGCGUGUAUUACGGAAAGAGUGGAAUAUUACAUAAAUUAAUGUACACAUUA